AUGUCUUCAGCCACUUUUGAAUCCUUGCCGGUAGAGCUCAUAGCUGAGAUUCUGAGCGAACUCGACUUACAGUCGCUGGUCACCGCAUCAUAUCUUUCUCGGAGACUGAAUCAGAUUGUCUCGGAUCCCUCUUUGAAUCCCUGGAGACGACCCAUCUCGCGAAAUCUGCAGAGUGGGGAGUAUGAGGACUGUCUAAAGCAUCUUAGUGUUCGAUCGGUGGUCCCUCGACAAAACUGGGUUGAGAUAUUCAGCCUGGCCCGUUCGUCCUAUUUGCUGUUUGAGUCGACGUCGCCAAACCUGAGGAGCGAGGAGUGGGAGGAAUGUUUCAAACGCAGGUUUCUUCCAAGUUGGGUAAAGUGGAAAAAGGAUUGCAGUUGGAGGGAGGCAUACCAGAGACUGCUAUAUCGGGUUUGGCAUCGCUGUCAAACUUCUUGCACGGCGGAUGAAGCAUGGACAAAAUAUAUCAUUCUUAAUCGUAAUGGAACUGCCAAUGAACUUGAAUCCUCGUCGAGGAGCUACAAUCCUCUGGCCGUCUUCAACGAGAUAAAGCUGCAGAGUAACCUCGCUCAUCUUGAGACCAGCGUAAGACUGGUCGUGCAGUUUGCAGAUGUACGCAUCCUGGCCCUUGGUGUUCUCCAUAAACCCAAAGGAUUCUUCUCUCUCAAUCCGAACGCAAAAGCGUUUCUCCAUCCGCCUGGUAUAGAGAAGACAUACUUGGUUGAUGGGAGCAGCGAAAAUAGUCUCGGCUCGGAGGCAUGUUCCUACGAGGAUCAGUCAAGUAAGCCAGCUAUGUCCUUCUUAUGCUUAGCGCUUAUACACUCUAGUAGACAACUUUGCAGCAGAUACUGGCCUCUCACCUACCCUGUGCCGGCCCCUUCCCAUGCAAAUUAUCCCUUCUAUACUCCCGGAGGGAGAGACAAACGAUGGAUUGGUUCUGGGCCCCUAGAAGAAGGUGGCCUUGAAUGGGUUGGGAGACUCAUGUUGACCGCGCAACUACUCGGUCCUAUGACGGACAUCCAUGCAGACGGCCCGCCCUUCCAAGACAUGGACUUGGUAGUAGGACCAGGCCGCGGCCAGUACGCGUCAUUUACAUGGGCGGAUCUCGCAGCUAUUGCGCCGUGGAUGAACGAGAGAAUAACGAAACGGAUUACCGGUCCUGGUCUGGGCAAUUAA